AUGGUUUCAAUCUCCUUUUACCAGGUCUGCUUGUUUGUUGGACUCUAUUAUAAUGUGAUCAUUGGAUGGAGCAUCUUCUACUUUUUCAAAUCCUUCCAGUAUCCUUUACCUUGGAGUGAAUGUCCUGUCUUAAAAAAUGGCUCAGUGGCAACUGUGGAACCGGAAUGUGACAAAAGCUCUGCAACUACUUUCUUCUGGUAUCGCAAUGCCCUGGACAUUUCCAACUCCAUUUCAGAGAGUGGUGGGCUUAACUGGAGAAUGACCUUAUGUCUGCUGGCAGCUUGGAGCAUUGUGGGCUUGGCCAUGAUCAAAGGAAUCCAAUCCUCGGGAAAGGUGAUGUAUUUCAGCUCUCUCUUUCCGUAUGUGGUAUUGAUCUGUUUCCUGGUCCGGGGCUUGCUUCUGAGAGGGGCAGUAGAUGGGAUUCUGCAUAUGUUCACUCCUAAGCUUGAUAAAAUGUUGGAUCUCCAAGUAUGGAGAGAAGCUGCCACCCAGGUCUUCUUUGCCCUUGGACUGGGUUUUGGUGGAGUUAUUGCUUUUUCCAGUUACAAUAAGCAGGACAAUAACUGCCACUUCGACGCAGCCCUUGUCUCCUUCAUCAAUUUCUUUACUUCCAUCUUGGCCACAUUGGUUGUUUUUGCUGUGCUGGGCUUCAAAGCCAAUGUUAUGAAUGAGAAGUGUGUUAUUGAGAAUGCUGAGAAGAUCCUGGGUUAUCUGAACACAAAUAUCCUCAGCCAUGCUCUGAUACCACCCCAAGUGAACUUCUCCCAUCUCACAGCCAAGGAUUAUACUGAAAUGUAUGCUGUGAUAAAGACAGUGAAGAAGGAUCAAUUCGAGAAGCUGGGAUUGGAUCCCUGCCUGCUAGAAGAUGAGCUUAACAAGUCAGUGCAGGGAACUGGCCUCGCAUUCAUAGCUUUCACAGAAGCAAUGACCCACUUCCCAGCUUCUCCUUUCUGGUCAGUGAUGUUCUUCCUGAUGCUGAUAAACCUGGGUUUGGGGAGCAUGAUUGGGACCAUGGCUGGCAUCACCACACCCAUCAUUGACAUGUUCAAAGUGCGCAAAGAAGCAUUAACAGUUGGCUGUUGCAUUUUUGCUUUCUUCGUGGGUCUGAUCUUUGUGCAACGCUCAGGCAACUAUUUCGUCACCAUGUUUGAUGAUUACUCUGCAACGCUGCCACUCACUCUUGUGGUAAUCCUGGAGAACAUUACUGUGGCUUGGAUUUACGGUACCAAGAAAUUCAUGCAAGAAUUAACAGAAAUGCUGGGUUUCCGACCUUCCUGCUUCUACUUUUAUACGUGGAAGUACAUUUCACCCAUCUGCAUGGCUGGCUUGAUGACAGCCAGUAUAAUUCAGCUAGCAGUCAAUCCACCAGGUUAUAGUGCCUGGAUAAGAGAAGAGGCCACAGAGAAAUUUCUCUAUUACCCCAAAUGGGCAAUGACCUUACUUGUGUCUCUGAUCAUCUUGGCCACCCUUCCUCUGCCUGUGGUCUUUGUCCUCCGCCAGUUCCACCUGGUGUCAGAUGGUUCUAAUGCUCUGUCUGUCACAUACAAAAAGGGGCGUAUGAUGAAGGACAUAUCCAACUUAGAAGACAAUGAUGAGACCCGUUUCAUCUUGAGCAAAGUUCCCAGUGAAACCCCUUCCCCGAUGCCUGCGCAUCGCUCUUACCUGGGCCCUGGGAGCACGUCCCCAAUGGAAAUGAGCAGUGUUGCCAAUGGACGCUAUAGCAGUGGGUACCUCAUGGCUACCACUCCUGAAUCUGAACUGUGA